AACAUGAAAGUGUUUCUAAUUCUUGCUCUAGCCUUGGCAUCGGCAUCCGCCAAUCCCUUGGACAACCCCUUGGUUAAUCCCAAUAUUCAAGGACGCAUUACCAAUGGUCAGACUGCCACCGAGGGACAAUUUCCCCAUCAAGUGGGAUUGAGUUUCUCGGCAUCUGGCUCAAGUUGGUGGUGCGGUGGCUCGAUUAUUGAUAGCCAAUGGGUCCUGACGGCUGCCCAUUGCACUAGUGGUGCCUCCUCUGUGACCAUCUACUAUGGAGCUACUGUGCGUACCAAGGCUCAAUUUACCCAGACGGUGACCAGCUCGAACUUCAUUCAGCAUGCCAGCUACAAUUCGGUCAUAUUGAGUAACGACAUUUCCCUCAUUAAGACUCCUUCCGUGACGUUCUCUUCGCUGGUCAGCAAGGUGCAAUUGCCAUCCAUUGCCAGCAGUUAUUCCACCUAUGUUGGUUCUCAGGUGAUUGCCUCCGGUUGGGGUCGUCUCUCGGAUUCGGCAACUAGUGUGGCCACAAAUCUGCAAUAUGCCUAUUUUGAGGUCAUUUCUGUGGCCACUUGCCAAUCCACCUAUGGCUCUCUAUCGGUUACCAGCAAGGUCAUUUGCAUUGCUACACCCAACAAGACUUCCACCUGCCAGGGUGACUCUGGUGGCCCCUUGAUCCUGGCCAGCAACGGCCUGUUGUUGGGCGUCACUUCAUUUGUGCAUCGCGAUGGCUGCGAAUCUGGCGCUCCAGCUGGUUUCACUCGUGUCACCAGCUACUUGGACUGGAUUAAGGACAACUCUGGAGUUUCUUACUAA